UUCAGCGCAGUUCAGCUGCGGCUUCAUGAUGUGCUCUGUGAUUGUCUAGAGUACGUUAUCAAUAACAUGGCCAGGAACUUUUGUGAUGGAUUUCCUCAUUUCGCUCGGAAUCAUUCAGCGCAUUCGAGGGAUUUAAUAAAUGGACUAUAACAGACAGUUGAACUGCAAUUCAUCGUUUCUCUCCGUCCGGUGUCAAACGAAUGGCAAACGUGAAAGUCGCGGUACGAGUUCGCCCCCUGAACUCCAGGGAAAGUCUAGAUGGAGGACGGUUAGCUGUACAGGUGGAGGACAAGGUGGUGAGGGUCCGAAAUGUGAAGUUGGAGGGGCGAUUGGACGGUCGAGCGGAGAGUCUGGCUGACUCCAGGGAGAAGCUGAUGGAGUUUGGCUUUGAUUACUGUUACUGGUCCGCGGAUCCAUCGGCUCCUAACUUCACAUCACAAGAAGAGGUGUUUCAGGACCUGGGCGUGUGUGUCCUGUCUGGGGCAUCAGAGGGGUAUAACGUUUGUCUGUUUGCUUAUGGACAGACAGGCUCAGGGAAAACCUACACCAUGAUGGGCACUCCAGAUUCCAUGGGGCUGACUCCAAGAAUCUGUCAAGGCCUUUUCAGGUCUGGGGAUGAUGCCGCUGAUGGACCAAGCUGUAGAGUUGAAAUAAGCUUUUUAGAGAUCUAUAAUGAGCGUGUACGCGAUUUGCUGAGAGGUGUGGACCAGAAGAAGCCGGCAUCCCUGAGGGUUCGAGAACACCCAGAGAAAGGGCCCUAUGUGCAGGGUCUCUCUCAGCAUGUAGUGACCGACUACAAACAAGCAGUGGAUCUGCUGGAGGAGGGCAUCGCCAAUCGCAUCACAGCCGCUACACAUGUUCAUGACGCUAGCAGUAGAUCUCAUGCCAUCUUUACCAUCCAAUACACACAGGCUAUUCUUGAAAAUAAUCUUCCUUCAGAAAUAGUAAGCAAGAUCAACUUGGUGGACCUUGCUGGCAGUGAGCGAGCAGACCCUCACUACUGCCGAGACAGAAUAACAGAAGGAGCCAACAUCAACAAAUCUCUCGUCACUCUUGGCAUUGUCAUCUCUGCUCUCGCUCAGAACUCUCAGAUGUUCAGCAGCAGUCAGAGCAUUAACAGUGUGAUCAGUGAGGGUGAAGGCAGCACCGUGGGCAGCCAGUCCAGCUCUCUGUCAGGCAGCGGACGCAGACAUUGCUUCAUCCCGUACAGGGACUCCGUCCUCACCUGGCUUCUCAAAGACAGUUUGGGCGGCAACUCCAAGACCAUCAUGAUUGCAACCGUGGCACCAUCCAGCAGCAGCUAUAGCGAGACUCUGAGCACCCUCCGCUAUGCAGCUCAUGCCAGAAACAUUGUCAACAAGCCAAGAGUCAAUGAGGACGCCAACGUGAGGCUAAUCCGAGAGCUACGAGAAGAGAUCGAUCGUCUGAAGAGCAUGUUGCUCAGUUUCGAAAUGCAGAGGAAUUCCAGUCCAUCGCUCAGUGAUGAGAGAGAAGGAAGCCUGUCUGAUAUAGUCCUCCAGAAUGAACUGAAGGUGGAGCAGCUGACUAAGGACUGGUCUGACAGUUGGCAUGAUAAGCGAGCCUUGCUGGAGCGCUACAGUGUGGACAUUAACCAGGAUCAAGCUGGAGUCCUUAUCCACUCUCUCUUGCCUCACGUCAUCGCUCUGGAGCCAGAUGUCCUCAGCACGGGAGUCACCAUCUAUCAUCUUCCGGAAGGUGUAACAAGUUUCGGUCCUCAGGGUGACAGUCUGGAAGAGCCACACAUAGUCUUGCCAGAAGGAUGCGCAUGUGAGAUUGAGAAUCACGGUGGGGUGGUGACUCUGAAGCCUGUUCCAGGGAAUAUCUGUAUGGUCAGUGAGAGAGAGGUCACUGAGCCCUGCAGACUUGUACAAGCCCAUCUGCCCCAAGGUGCGGUGAUAACCUUAGGAAGGCUUCACAAGUUCAGGUUCAACCAUCCCGCAGAGGCAGCUGUUUUGAGGGAGAGGAGACGGAACAGUGAAGGAGGUGUGAUUUCUACACAGGUCAACCUGCUAACUGAAUCCAGGGUUGCAGGUUGUCAUGAGAAUGGCAAUGAGCCAACCCCCAGACAGCGACUAGAGGAGCAGCAGUGGUACAUACAGUGUCUCCGAGAAGAGAUUCAGUUGGAACAGAAAAGAGCAGAAAGAGAUCUAGAUGGAGAGCAGGCCCGACUCCAACAACAACACACCGACAUUCAGCAGUGGAUCUUACAAGAAAAGCAACGACUUGCAGUCCACAGAGAGAAGGCAACACUGGAGUCAGGGGUUCAAACAGAACUCUAUCUUCUUCCUCCAUUGACUGGUUUAUCACGUGCGGGGGAAAGCAGUGCUGAAGCAGUUCCACUGUCAUUCUUGAUGGGUGACAGGAAAAGGGUGGUACAGGAGGAACUACUGAAACAUCACGCUUUGCGCAGAGCUGAGAACCGCGUGAGACGCAAGAGGUUGCGAUAUCAACUGGAGAAGAUUGCAAGAAAGCGCCAUCUGUUAGAGGCAAAGCGAGAACUACAGAGACUAGAAAAUGAGCUUUUACAAGGAGGCGAUGAAGCUUCAUCUCCAGAAGUAGGGUACACCUCAAGGUCCAGGGGACGUUCGAUGACUUUGCGAAGACAUUCCUUUUCGGCUGAUUUGCUGUCACGGCUGUAUCCUCAACACACUCCUAUUUUCAGCCAUUUUCUUAAAAGGAAUAGAUCAUCUGAGCUUACAGCAUUUUUCAAUGGCUUUGCUCGCAACACUAAACGGGUCUCUGAUGAAUUUCUCAAAGACCAAAAGAUUAGAAGGCGCUCAAACACGAUGCCCUCAAGAUACCAAGGAUCCUCAAAUUGGCAAAGUUCCUCAGAGACCCUCAAAAGUUCUCCAAAAGAUGCUAAAACGACUGAAACCAAGACAAAUGCCAGUGACAAGCUCUGUCUCGAUACAAACACCAAAGCCAUUAAAAAAGUAUUACCAAUAAUAAAACAUUUAGCUACACAGAAUGUUUCGGCCAAGGGAACAAAGAGUUUAUCCCCAGAUAAGAAUAAAGGUUUAGAGACCAUUCGCAAAGUUUUUUCACGCUCAGUCAGCCCUGGGAUGAAGACUGCACUGGCAAAGGUCUUCCGCAAGCCACCAUCAGGGUCACGUGGAAACGUGAAAUCCAAGAACAAAACAAUCAGCCAAUCAAACAAAACUGUGAAAGAGUUUGAAGAGAACAAGGAGGGAAAAUGCUCUAUCAAAUCAACAAUGUCUUAUGAAAGCCUGGAGCAGCUUGGCUCACUAAAAUAUGUGGAACAGAGGUACUGGCAUAGUACAGAAGCUCUGACACAUACCAGCAAGAAAUGGGUCGGAGUGCGAAAAGAGAGUUUUGUGGAGGAUCCCAAUGGAUCUUCAGAUUGUGAUAGUAUUUUCUCAGUGGACUCACUGUCAUCGGCUUAUGCUACAGCUCUGGCCGAGCAGCUUCAGCAGGAGGAAUGUGAUUUCAGUGAAGAUGAGAGUGAAGACAGUGAGAUGUCUCAGGAUUCUCUUGUUAUGGAGAGCAGCGGGAAGCAUGUUACUGCCAGACCAGUGCAGAGGCUUAAGAAAGUUUCCAGCCACUUUGGUGAAUUACCAACCUUGUGCAGCUCUCAGUCAACCAGGAAUAAAGAACUAUCUGAAGAAGUACCUGCAGAGGUUUUCUGGAGCUUUUAUGGCAAUUCAAAGUUGAAAAUGGAAAUUGAGGCUAGAGUUUCAAGAGUAGCGUCUGAAUGUAGACCGGGCAGUGGUGCAAGUAUAAGAGAACCAGAUUCAGUUCUUGCUCUUACAGAUGCCUGGUCGUCCACUGAUGCAGUAGACAGUCCUAGAAUGAGUUCAGGACACUUGGUCAAACAUGAUGUGCACAUACCUAGAGAGAAUACCAGUCUCACUACUUUAGAGCUCUCAGACAACAUAAAUGUCUCAGAAGGCCAGAGCUCACCUCGCUCCGACUCUACUCAGGGUGACAUUGCAACGCUUGAAGAACAAAACACAUCCUUUGAGAAUACCUUAAUCUUUGAAAGCCACGAGAGCGAUCCUAGUUUUGUAGCAAAGCGGGAAGAUGUUGAGAUGUUGAAGAAUUUUAAGGACCCAAUAACCAAUGCAAAGCCAUGCACAACUCACACAGAUCCUGAUGGUGUAACAUACACAAGUGAACCAACCAAUGACUCAAAACUACUGGAACACACAGUGACUAAAAAAAUGAUGAUUCAAUCUUCCAAAGAUGGUGACAUCUCAACAGAUACGAAUACUUUACAAUGCUUCCAAGCUAACUCUAGUAGAAAAUAUCAAAAACGUCACCCAACAUCUUGUCCAGAAUACCCAGAAGUCAAGAACUCUAAAGCUUGGCAGGGAUCAGUAAAUGGAUCUCAAAUCAAGAUGGAUCAUCCCAGUAACAGUGAAGUGAAUGUUAAAUUAGGCUGUGACAAUAGGAUAACCUUUGAGAAAAGUCAGAAAGAAAGUAAUUGUUUUUACCCUAAACAAUGCACUGAAAUGGCUAACAAAGACGUUACCAAAGAUUCUGCAUUAACAAUCAAACAAUCGAAUAAGCAUGAUGAAAAAAUGACUGGCUUUAAUGGAGAUAAUGAACAACUAGGGAUGCAGUUGGGAAAUGAUAUAGUUAUUGCAACAUGUCAAAUGAAUGAAGACUCUUCAGAUUUCUAUAUAGGAAAUAUGAAGCUGCCUAAGAAAUGUGAUGUAGAUGUUUUAGAUACUAAGCCAGCACUAAUAAAUAUGGACCAUGAACAAUCUGCUUGUUUAGUUGUCAACAGUUAUGCUUGUUCAGCCAUCAAUGGCGAAUUUUUAAAGCUGUCUCCUGUGGAAAACUUGCACACAGUCGACAAGACAGUAAACUCUGAUCAAGAGCUGAAAAAGAAAAUAGAAACUGCACCCAAGAGUGAUGCUCUCAAGACUGUAAUAAAUAGACAUCAUAGCACUAUUUCUAGACAUGGUAACAAUACAUGUGAUAGUGGAUUGACAGUGUCAAAUUCUGAUAUUAAAAACUUCAAUGAGAACAACAUGGAGGACAAAAACGAUGCCAUUCAGAUUAUGGAAAGAAGGAUGUUUAAUAAUAAAUAUUUUCAAAUGAGUGACUCCGCUGUUAAUGAUAAAAUAUCAGAGGUGGUGAAAGAACAUUUUUCAGUGUCUCUGAGAGAAGACUGUGAAGAAGAUCACGAGUCAGACACAACCAAAGAAAACAUUCCUUCAGCUCAACUGGAUGAUUUUACGUCCAAGAAAAACUCAUGUGGAUUUGAAUACAGUCAAGCUCAUCUUUUUAAAAGCAACAGCUUGCAGGCAAAACCAGAGGUGCCUACAGACAGCACUACAGACAAUUCUGAAAACUGUGGUGUACUAAUAAAAUCAAGACAUCCUAUGACUAUGCAGAAUUCAACAAUAUUGAACAAUGUGGAAAGAAAGAGCACAGAAAGAGCUGAACAAGAAGGUCCAGAUUAUUCGUAUAUCAGCGAUAACAUGUCUUCAGUGGAAUAUUGUGCCAUUAAAGCACCGAGCACAGAUGGACAAAACACGAAUGCUUCAAAAACUGUUGUUAUUGAGAAUGGCAAAGUGACAGUAUUAAAUCACUUCAUUCCCUGUAUGUGUACACAAGUUACUCCAACACUUAAACAAACACACAGAUUGGAUGAAAUCAGUAAGGUUGACCAGCAGAAUGCUCAGAUAGUCAACAACACAACAAAAAGUGUGUUGACCCCAAGAGAAAUCCAAGAACAUAAUUUUGACUCUAAACUGCUUAGACAUUUAAAGCUUUUUAAUGAAACUUGUCUAGAAAUCUUAAUGCCGUCUAGUAAAAGCAAUAUUCCUCAGGUGUCACUACCUGCUGAAGCGAUGGUGAACCGUACUGACUCGGUUGAACAUUCUGACGGGACAGACUGUGAUAUAAAUCAAGUUAUGGAGAGCAGUGCUGCAAUGUUACCUAAUGAUAAGUCAGAGGACCAAAUUAAAAAGGAAAAUAUACAUUUAUCCAACUCUUCAAUUAUGGAUCAGUCCCACUCAGCUGCUGAUGAUAAAUACUGUGCUCUUGAAGCUCAGCCUUUAAGCAAGCUUGCGUUUUAUGAAUUUGGUCCAGUAAGCCUUGGAAAGUAUCAGAGUUCUGUGAGCCAAGAUAAAGCGAAUGCUAAUCAUCUCUUAGGAAACUCAAACAUUUCUAUUGGUAGUAGUGGUGAUAAGAGCCAAGAAGGAUCUGUGGAGCAGAUAUAUCACAGUUAUACCUCUGAUGAUUUGAGAGAAGAUGCCAUUGUUUCAGAUUUCAGUCAGGAGCCACAGAUCCACAGUUCCUCACAGUCACAGAGGCCACAGAUGGACAAUGUGCUUGAAACCUGUGAUACUGGAAACAUUCCACAGGGUUUUUUGGAAAAUCACUCAUUCUGCACAAGUAAUCAUUUAGAAACGAUGAGUAAAUCUCAACAUAACAAUGGCUGCAUCAAGGGACUACAGAGUUGUAUUAACCAAAACAUUGAAAAUGAGUCAUCUGCACCUCAAAAUCACCAAAAAUCAGCUGAGUCUGAUAAAACUAGGGUCAAGCCUUCAACAUCUCCUCAAGUAGAUCACAACACAAAACAAGCUUCUUACAGUCAAAACCGAAAGGAACAAUAUAAUAACGGUUUGAAAUCUAAAAACAAAGAACAUUCCACAACACUGGAUGCUACGAAACAUGUUGAUGGCAAUGGUAAUGAUGAUAAGCAGAGAGAGAAGCCAAAGCGAUACAGAAAAGCCCACUUUAAGGCACCUCCAAGUUCAUCCACUGAUUCUACAACUGAUUUAUCCUUAGAUGAAAGUAACCCAUCAAAAGUGCAUGUGACAAUUAAGGGCCAUCUUACCAAACCAAGUUCGCAGGCCCCUAGCAGACAAAAUCCUUUUGCUCACUGUAGACUCAGAAAUCCUCCACUUGAUGAGAAAAGUGUUUCUUCACCUUCAGCAGUUUGUCCAAGAUCAUUAGAAACACAAAGAGGAAACCACACCCAGAAGCUUAGCACUGUUGAGUCUAUUGCAAGUCAGGGUGUGCAUGGCUCCACUGAACAAACGCAAAAGAUAAAUGACUCAAAGGAUGAUCGAGACAUUCAUGUAUGGAGAAAAGCUUUAUCCAAAGAUACUUCCAAAAGUGUUUUGAAAGACCAAACGCAGCAACUUGAGAAUGCAGUUUCACAUGCUAGAGAUUCUGCAAUGCAUUUUUUCUCAAGUGAUAUCAACCCAUUUAUUCAUACGAGGACAGAUUUGAACAGAGCAGCCCACAAAAACCAGGCCUUUGGAAGUGAUGCCAAUAUAUCCUGCAAACACUCUCCCCUCAGUACUUCUAACAAGAAUAUAAUAAGAUGUUGUAGUGUAGACAAUGGCUUGAAUAUUCAUAACUCUCCAUUUAGUUCCCAUUUAAGCACUUAUGCGAAUCAUAAAGGACUCUCUAGCACAUUAAGUAGUGAUGACGGGUGUAGAGAUCAAAUUUCUUCGGAGCCUUUGCUCAAGACACCUUCCCAUUCCACUCUUGCUUCAAAUAAGCAGACCAUAACCACUUCUUACAAUGGCAUCUCAGAGGAAUUACGCCAUAGUUCAGGUCAAGUUGACGAAAUAGUUCUGGUCUAUUCUUCCGAGUAUGAAUCUCAGAACAACAGGCAUUCCUGUCCAAGCAAGUGUGAUCAUGGUACUCAAACUGUUGGGGUUGACCUUACGAAAAAGAAUCGUCACAGACGAAGCAGCACUCAGUCACCAGUGUCUAAACCAGGGAAUGGAGCCCCAACCACAUGGUCAAGUCUUCAGAACAUGUCUGAACAUAUCUCUGAUUUGAUAUACAACACCUCUGAUCUUCUGGAGAACAUACAGUGUAUGCGAACAGGGGACAGAUCACCAAAAUUUGAGCAUCCUAAAAGUAGUUUCAAUGUUUCAACUCUGAAUUCUGGCAGUAAGUGCAAGAGAGAUGGUUGCACACAGACUUCAAUGGACAUUGGGAUCCAGACGGAGAUGACUUCGGUGUCAAAGAAUGCUCAUGAGGUUAAUGUAAUUGUUAAAGUGAUUGGCUCAGAAAUUUGUAAUGUGUCUCAGCUGGAUGGUGUCACCAAGAAAGAACCAGACUUUGAAAGAAUAAAAAGCCUCCCUGACUUACGUCCCAAAGGGAGCUCAAAGGCAGCGGACAGUCAGAAUGUUCUAGUUACUCCCUCAAAGGUUUAUUCAUUGGAGACUGUGGUUCCAGAUCAGAAUUCCCCCAGCUUGGAAGCACCGAAAGUUGACGUAGCAAGUAAUUUGUACAAGAAAUCUUCAUCCAUUUACCUUGGAGGCAAACAAUCCCCAUCCAUGAAGGAAGAGAAUAAUCAGACUUGUCAAAGAAACAUAGAUUUAAGGAAUUGCUGUAAUAAAAAGCCUAUGCUCAUGGAUCGUGCAUCCUCACCUAUCCUUACUGUCAAGGCUGCAAGAUAUGGCCAACGAAGUCCAAAAAAUACCCAGCUUUUAACCAACAAUGACACAACUGAGAUACAAAAUGAUAUGGAAAAUCGAUGCUCUGAUGGAUACAAAAUGCAAUUUAAAGAACACGAAAUGCUUCACAACCAAAAGAAUACAGUAUUACAUCAAGAGAAUCAUUGUAUCCUUCGUACCAAAAAUACAAAACAAAUACCUGAGAAUACACCGCUGUCAUUAGUGACCCUUGAAAACCUAAGAGACGUCGGUUGUCCAAAUUUGGAUGGAUUUAAAGAAAACUCAAUAAAUACCAUGUCUGGUUCUACAUCUCAGCUUCAAAGAAAAUACCUCUCCCCAACAAGUAGCACUGGUAUGCAAACUGUAGCGUCCUUGGUUAAGUAUAAACAAGAAAUCCCAGCCAGAUUUAAUGCGUCGUCUUAUAACAAACGAUUAACUUACAGCAGCGGUAUACUAGAACAAGAUCACAGAUCACCGCAACACCAGGAAGAUGAUGUGAUGUCUCUAGUGCCAAGUGAGUGCAACACAGAUAUCCUGGUUAGCAUCGAUCCUCUGACAGAGACCAGCCUACUUAAAGAACAUCAACGGAUCCCUGAUGAUCUGCCUAUACACAACAAAUUUACUAACUGGUCCGGCAUCAACCAGCAGCCAUCAUCACCGCUCAAUAAAACAAACAGAGCAUCUGGACAAUACUUCACAACACGCAGAGCCAACUUCGUGCAGAUGAUGGAGUCACAAAGACCAGAGCCUUUGGAGGAGACUGACAGGAGGACUAGUGAAAUUGAGAAGCUAAGGAAAGAGCGUGAGCAGGUUUUAGCAUCUGUGCAUCUGGAUCCGAGUCCUCAUCAGCUGACUGUUGAACUCACAGAGGCCAAACUGCACUAUGGCCAAGGAGAAACAGACACUCUGCUUAAAAUCGUCAAGUCUGGUUCUAAAGAAGUACCUACAGCCUGUAGCAAACAAGAGCUUUUUGACAGGCACAGGAGGAGCAUUGAAAGUCUAAGAAAAGAAAGAGAAGUUCGUAUCCAAAUGUGCCGGCGACCUCGAAGCCUCAGUCCAGGAAACCGGAUCCCAGUCAGUCAUGAGCGGGAACAGUCUCCGAGAAUUUCAGACAUGCCAAGCAGAAGAAGGGAAUAUCUGCAGCAGCUCCGCCAAGAAAUAGUGGAAACCAGCAGAGUUCCCGAUCCACCAAGGCGGGAAGGUCAGUGUCCAUCUGAUAUUGAGAUUCUACUACGUGACUACAGCCGAGCCCGUGAGGAAGCGAGAGCAGAGAUCGCAUGUGCACGUCACAGACUCCGCGAGAGGACGGAACAAGAAAAGAGACGACUACAGCAGCAAGCACUCUUACAGGCGGUUAAGGAUGACCUGAGGUUUCGCACACGCACUAGUAACAGUACAUUAUGCACUGGGUCAAACUUAAGUCUUUCCUCUGGACCCACUUCAGGCUACAACAGCAGUAAUGCUGCUACACUAAAAGACAAUACAUCACCAACAAUACAGAUAAAUGGAGUCUCAGAAUUCAAAGUGAGGACUCGACCACCGGUGAUUCCGUUACAGACUUCAAAAGCCCAGCGUAGAUGGCUGUCAGUUCAGGAUGUCAGCCAGGAGUCAUUUGCCAAUGGAUACGAGUCCUCCUCUAUUCCAUCAUCUCCUCCCUGUGCUCGACAGCGCACACUCUCCUUUGAUUCUCCUUCGUCUUUAUCAUCUUCAUAUCAAGAUAUUGCCGACUGCACUCUUGCCAGUGCUAUUUCAGAGAUAUAUUUGGCAUCUGCUGGUGACGUGAAGAAUCUGUUGGCAGGAAAGGCAACUGCUGGUUGGAGGCACCAGGGUGUGGAAAGAGGUGUUCAGGUCUUUUAUAAGCCUAAUGCUAGGACCACAGCACAUGGGUUUCUCGGAGCAGCGGAACUGGAGAGACCUCUGGACAGUCUGUGGUAUACGGUUCGAGAUCAGUCAAAGACUCACUUGUACCAUGAGUCUGUUAGAUCUGCUUGGACGCGACCACUGGAUGAACACAACCAACUAGUCUACCUGCUGAUGGACACAUCCAAUUGCCAGCUUAAACAGCCCCGGGACUUCUGCUGCCUUAGUACAGAAUCUAAACAGGAUGAUAUGUGGGUGUUGGCAAUGCAGUCUGUAUUUGAGGAGACACUACCACGUCCCAGCGUGGAUACUGUACGUGGAGAGAUGCUCCCCAGCGCAUGGAUCUUUCAACCCAGUCAGCGUAAUGGUCAAGAAAUUGUUACUGUCAUCUACUUGCUUCAGGUUGAUUUGGGAACCCCGUCCUUAGCUCCCAGACUGCUGAAUACAGUGUCUAGGAAACAAGCAACUGUCAUAGCGGACCUUGAUUCUUUCUUCUCUUUGUGACAUGGAACAUGUCAUUAUGAAAUCAGGUUACACAAGCACUUACACCUAAAACCAUGAACGUUUUGCUAAAAUUUGCACUUCAUUUUCUUGUCCAUGACUUGAUUAUUUUUUUACAUAGCACUGAUAAUAUUAUUAGCUGUUUAUUGUGUUAGAAUUUAUUUGCCACUUUCGUAAAAAAAACAUUGUUUUGAAGUUUUGUUAUUAGGUGGGGUUUCACCCUGCCGUGCCAAAAUAUUAUUAUUUAGAUUUAUCCCUUGUAACCUUUUUACAACAAGUCCCAAAGCUAUUUCUCAAUUUAAGUACAUAUAAUUAUUAGAUCACUUUUUAUACACUAUGCAAAGCUCUGCUUAUUAAAAGAAGGGAUAUUUACAUAAAGACAGUCUAUUAUAUUACAGUAUUUCUUUAAUGCUUAGCAUUGCCUUAAGCUACUUUCAGAAAACUUGAAAUUGACACUAGCUGUAGAAUCUUUUGACUGUGUCUAAAUCUAUAAUAUGCAGUACAGUGCUUUUAUACACAGGCACAGCACAUGUCUAAUUCGUUUUUCUGUUUGUGACAUUGUAGCAUCACUAGCUAAUUGUUCAGCCAUUGUUCAGGUUUUUGUGCAAUUUUUGUGUAAUCACUACAUAGACGUUAAAAUUCUAUAUUAGGUAAGCUGGGACCAUUUGACUUGCAAUACUAUCGUUGUCAUUCAUACGUUCAGUAUUUUUGAAAUAUGUGUAUGCAAAAGAAUGUCUUAUAUUUAAUGAAAAUGCAAACAAAAUGUUGUCGAUAUGCAUUGAUGUCGUUACAUUAUGACUUGGUAAAAAGAGAGCCUUUGCUCAAGCACUGUAAUUGUAACAGACAAAAUAUGAAGGAUUUUAUUGCCACUAAAAAGACAGAAUGAAGGAACUGUAGUAUAUAGAAUGAAGGAACUGUAUUUUUAUCUAUAAUCAGAUUUGUUUUUGAUAUACUGUAAAUGUAUCUAAAUGUAAAAUAAUUUAUCAUUUGAUAUUUUAUGUUGACUGUUACUGUUUCUUCAUUACUUUUUAUUUAUGUAUCAGAACAUAUUUUUAAUAAAACA